CGAGCCUGGAAAUUGUGCAGUGCAAUUGUUCAAUCUCAGGCACCCAAAAUCCUAGGUCAACAUCGCAAGUGGGUCACCUGAAGUGGUGAGUUUUGCGCUAAAAUAGGGUCAUGCCCUGUUUUAAUGAGCAAAAUGAAUGCAUAUCCUAGGAAACCAUAAUCCUGUCUGUUUGUGGAUGCACAUUCUCCAACCUGUUGAUAACCUCGCGAAAUGCAAGGCAGUUCCCCCUAGGUUAGCUUUUCACCGUCUCGUGAAUAGGUCCCCCUGAAGCCUGUCCUAUUGAAACCACAAUGAACUCCUUUUGCAUUUUAAACACUUGUGUUAUGUAGUGCAUAGGUGGUCACAUACAUUCAUCUCCACACCUGACCAUCCUGAAUUCAUGUAUUUCGGUGGUUUCCAGUGGUGGAAGUAGCCUACCCCCCAUUCCGUGAUUUGAAUGGCGAAGCAGCAUAUGGGUCGUGAUCACGGUUCUGUUGAGGCCAGUCCUAGACGGAUGAAUAAUAAAUUAAGGAACCUGGUAGUUUCAGGGCUUGUGCAGGGUGGCAGAGUGAUAAUUUAAUUUACUAGCCCAAUUUGAAGGGUUCAGGGAGCUUAUCUCGGUGCUGUUUUCCCCGCUUCUGUGUGUUUCAAGAACUGCUGUUGUGGUUUCAGGGUUUGUGAUCGAUUCAAGCUACAAGUACUCGUUAGCUGUGGAAGAAAGGGGGCUGCAUGAAGGAAGUUGGUAUCACAGAGCGGAAAUUGUAGAUCACUUCACAAGGGAUAGUUCGCCAUGGCGAGAAUUGUAGGGAGGUGUAGAGAUAUAAGAUGAGAAUGGAACAGGAGAACUGCUGGUGAGCAUUUUGUAUUUAUAGUCGUGAGUGAGUAGUUAGUCAGCAAACCGCAAUGUCUGGUCGCCCACCCGCCUUGAGAUUGAGGGGUCGCAGCGAUGGAAACGCCCAGAGUCGACGUCUAGUUAUCCUGUCAUGCACAAUGGCAGGCAUACUAUUCCUUCUCUCGCUCCAGCACAGCUCCUUCUUCGGCCACCACCGUUCCAAAAUUAAAACCCUUGGGAACACACACAUUGAUUGGGCUGUGACGAAGGCGGUGUCUGUAACGAAUGAUCCUUUGGUUGAGGCUGAGAAAAGUUCGGAAAACGUCACCACCGAAGACCCCACAAAUAAGGUGAUAGACAUCAAAGCAGACGAGAAGGAAGAGGAGGAGGAGGAGGAGGAGGAGGAGGGGAAACUGGAGAAAGAUGCCGAAGUAAUAAGGGACGAACCGGAGAAAGAAAACGACGAUGGCAAUGAAAUAGAGAAGGGUCAUUUCGAGGGUUUGAGAUUAGGGGAUGAAGUAACAAGCAACGAAGAUGAAUCUUCAGAAGAGGAGAUAGGCGAAGAUGAAGUCACUCAGAUCGCAUUGAAAUCUAUGCCUGUUUGUGAUUCUCGGUACACAGAGUUGGUUCCCUGCCUAGACAGAAACCUGAACAAGCAAAUGAAGCUGAAGCUGAAUUUAUCGUUGAUGGAGCAUUAUGAGCGACAUUGUCCGCCCCCUGAUCACCGUCUCAAUUGCCUCAUUCCACCUCCGCCAAAUUUUAAGGUACCCAUUAAAUGGCCGAAAAGUAGAGAUGAAAUUUGGCAAGCGAAUGUGCCACACACUUUUCUCGCAGCUGAAAAGUCAGAUCAGCAUUGGAUGGUCGUCAAUGGGGAAAAAGUGAACUUUCCAGGGGGUGGCACACAUUUUCCGAACGGUGCAGAUAAGUACAUUGCCCAUCUUGGCAAGAUGCUGAAGAACAAGGAUGGUAAUUUGAGCAGUGGUGGCAAGAUCAGGACUGUCUUCGACGUGGGAUGUGGAGUGGCAAGUUUUGGGGCUUACUUACUCCCUUUGGACAUUCUGGCCAUGUCUUUGGCCCCCAAUGAUGUUCACCAGAACCAGAUACAGUUUGCAUUAGAGAGAGGCAUUCCUGCAACGUUGGGUGUUCUGGGCACAAUGCGGCUUCCCUACCCAAGCAAGUCAUUUGAUCUGGCCCACUGUUCCCGUUGUCGAAUUAACUGGAGGGAACGGGAUGGAAUCUUACUGCUGGAAAUAGAUCGCAUUCUGAGACCUGGAGGUUACUUUGUUUGGUCUUCUCCUCCUGUGUAUCGAGAUGAUCCAGUAGAGAAACAGGAAUGGACAGAGAUGGUUGAUCUCGUGACCAGAAUGUGUUGGACAAUCGCUGAUAAAAGGAACCAAACGGUUAUAUGGGCUAAGCCACUCACAAAUGAAUGCUACGAGAAACGGCCACCGGGAACUCGGCCUCCGUUGUGUAGUGUCAGUACUGACGCAGACUUGGGAUGGCAGGAGCCAAUGCAGACUUGUAUUACUCCUUUAUCAUCCCCAAGCAAUGUUGGGAUAACUGAUUUGGCGCCGUGGCCAAAUCGAAUGAAUAGUCCCCCUCGAAGACUGAAGGAGCUAGGAUUUAACGAUCAGACUUUCAUGACAGACACGAUUGUAUGGAAGAAAAGAGUAGAAAAGUACAUGGAGAAGCUAAGAGCAGCUAAACAAGUGGAAGAUGACAGUCUCCGGAACGUGAUGGACAUGAAAGCAAACUUUGGCGGAUUUGCUGCUGCACUGCAUGGGAUGAACUUGCCAGUUUGGGUCAUGAACGUAGUUCCUAUUUCGGCCCCAAGCACCUUGAAAAUCGUUUAUGAUCGUGGGUUCAUCGGCUCCUAUCAUGAUUGGUGUGAGGCAUAUUCAACUUACCCUCGUACAUACGACUUGCUGCAUGCGUGGAACGUAUUCUCAGACAUUUACAACCACGACUGCAGUCCAACGGAUCUGCUCCUAGAGAUGGACAGGCUCUUACGGCCACAAGGUGUUGUGAUUAUACGAGAUCAAGGCUCCCUGGUCGAGGAGGUUAGGAAGCAACUGGACGCAAUGCACUGGAAUUUAUGGUCCGAGGUUUUUGACGCUGAAAAGGAUGCCCUUUCUGAUCGGGAGGAAAAAAUCUUGAUUGCCCGGAAGCAACUAUGGCAACCGGAGGAUAUUAUAGCUUAGUGAGUCGAUUGUUAGGAGGCGCAUUGUUACUUCUUUGUAUUGAGUUCUGUUGAAGAUUGUAAUUUCUUACUAGUAAUAGAUGCAUAAUUUGUGUGAAGUAGGAUGGAGAAUUCAAUUGCAGAGGGGUCUUUUGUUGAACCAUUCUGAAAGACCGUGGCUUACAGCCUUAUUGGAAGCUAGUUUUACUAGGUGCUGCCUGGUCGUUUUUUUCUCCAGGUUUAUUUAUUCAUUGUUCACCUGGAGUCCGAUAGUGUUUCUAGCUUUGAAUUGAUUCCUUACGUUGUGUUUCUGAACCGAAACGAGUUUGCACCGAUUUUGUCAUUACUCGGACUAUCAUCAAGGUACUAAUUUUUGAACCAA